AUGAAGCCAGAAGUCGCUAAUACGAUGAAAUGGAUUCAUAUAGGGGCAAUUCAGUUGGUGAUCAAAUCUGCUCUUUAUCCAGGAACAGAUACACCAAUCGACAUUGCUAUUUGUGAUAAGAGAAUCACAAAUGCAAAGGAUUCAGUAUUGGGAGCCUUUGCAGGCAACCUUUAUGCCAAACAGAUUAUAGCCGAGUUAUAUCCACAGAUCGCUUAUAAUCUCCAAGAUGCAGCCUUCAGCCGAACCCUGACAUUAUAUCAGGAUUACAAGAGGAAGGAGCUAAUGACGGGAGGAAAUAGGCCAUAUUCGAUUACGUAUCAAGUAUCAUAUGCCCUAUCAAAUUCCCACCACACGAAUCUAUUUUUGGGAAAAGAUUUCAUUGAAAUCCCAGAAAUAUGUAAGGAGGUGGCCAAGGCUAUUGGCCCGGAUCACGUUGAAAUCCCACGAUUAAGGGAAAUCGACAUCGACAUUGGAGACAAACAUGUGCUGAAAUACGAGGAAAGUCUCUGA